AUGCCUCAAGAUACAUCUCGGCUGGCAGGAUAUAAGCGCAUUAUACUUUGUGCUGACGGGACAUGGCUGGCAUCCGACCUGGGAGACGCAUCUGUGCCGUCGAACGUCGCGAGGAUCGCUCGCGCUAUCGCCACGAGUGGCCCGGACUCCCAAGGCGAGAUUGUCCAGCAGAUUGUCUCGUAUCAUUCCGGACUAGGAGCUGGGGAGCUCCCGUUCCAGAAAGCGAUAUAUGGCGGCAUCGGCUGGGGACUGGACAAUGAUGUGUGUCAGAUCUACGAGUUCAUCUCCAACAACUACGUCAAAGGCGACGAGCUUUUCUUUUUUGGCUUCUCCCGUGGCGCGUUCACCGUCCGCUCGGUCGCUGGCCUGGUUUCUGACAUAGGGGUACUCUCAUCCCAGCAUAUGUCGCAUUUCGCCGAGAUGUGGAAGUCGUAUCGGGAAAACACAGGUGGAGAGUCCUUCCGGAAGACCGCGUGGUAUCAGCAGAAUCGGGACAAGUUACGCUUAGCGGAUGAUGUGCGUAUUAAGGUGGUGGGCGUUUGGGAUACGGUUGGCGCUCUGGGAAUCCCUGACUGGCCACUGGUCAAUUUGGCGUCAAAAGUGGGCAUCAAUGUUGACAAAAAGUACGCUUUUCACAACACGAAGGUGUCAAAAAAUGUAGACUAUGCCUUUCAAGCUCUCGCUAUCGACGAGAGACGACUCACCUUCCCACCGACCCUUUGGCAUCAAACCCAGGAUGCGCCGGCCAAGGAUCUACAGCAAUGCUGGUUUCCCGGCAUCCACAGAAACAUCGGGGGUGGAGCUCCAGAUCCGGAAAUCGAAGAUAUUACAUUUGCAUGGAUGGUGGACAAUCUGUCUGGAAUGCUGACUUUUGAAGGGGCUGCAAUCGAGCAACUUAUCCAGCGACACCAGGGCACGCGGGCCGAACGCAGCGCCCCAAGCAAGGUUGAUGACGAUUGGGGUUGCGGGCCUAUCGAGUCCAAUUUUGCGGGCCUACAAGGGUCCCUCUAUUGGGCAGUGGGUAAACAGGACCGCACUCCGGGCAACUAUCCACAGGUCCCAGGCGAUACAAGCGCUCGCACCACGAACGAGUCCUUCCAUCCGAUCGCCCGGAUCCGCAAGACUAGACUCUCUCCCCACUACUCUCCAGCGGCGCUCGCUGGAUACGUGGUCGAGGAAGCCGGUGAUGAUGGUGGCGACCGGACCGGCUGGCAAUGGACCAAAAAGGGGAUUGUACCGGCGGUGCCAGAGUACGUCCUGCGCCCGGAUAAGAAGAUGAGUGUGAUGCAUAAUUUGGAUUAUGGUACUCGAUCCAGCUUAUCCAGAACUCUGUGUCCAAAGAGUCUGCUGGCAGAUCUCGAUCGGCAUAACGGCAUACCUAUGCCUGCUAGUGAGACGACUGCCACGUAA